AUGGUGUUCUACAGACAGGGUCUUGGAGAGAGAAUCAACGUCUGUCUCUUCCUCCUGGCGCUGGCUGACCUCGUCAAGUGUCGUCAUCCUGCUUCUCGUGUUUGUCGAGGACCGAUUAUAAACAUCAGAGGACUGUAUCUCUUUAUUGAUAUAGGCUUUUCCAGCGCCGAGUAUGUUUCGCAGUUGCUGUCGGCUGUCAUCGCCUGUGAGCGCUGUUUCUGUGUCGUCAGUCCCCUCCACGCCAAGCGGCUGCUGAAGACGUCCACCAUGACCGCCAUUGUUGUCGUCUGCUCUGUCGUGCUGAUGGCAGGGAUGUUUGUUAUCAUCCCAUCUAAGCACUUCGUCGAUUUUAUAUACGAUCCGUCUACGAAUAUCACAAAGGCUUUCUUGAUGGUGACAAAGUUCUAUUUGGAUAACAAGAAAAUCGUCGACAUUUUUGACAUCUUUAUCUACUCCACGAUACUUCCGAUAUUUUCUCUUCUCGUACAAGAGGUAAACUCCACCAGCUUGUACUUCACUCUAAACAUUGCACUGUGGCAUUUCGUCUUUCUGUCUCGUUGUGUCCGCUCGUCAGUCCAUUUCUGCGUGUAUUACAUCAUGGGGUCAAAGUUCAGAGAAUAUGUACACAGUUUAUGUCUGCGCGAGAAAGUCAAACAAUGACUUUAAUUAGUCAAGCCACAAGAAAGUCAAACUCUUUGUAUAUUUGAAAACUGUGUUUUUUCAUAGUUCCUUGAGUAAGUGUUACAAGCAUAUCUCUGUAUCUCUGACCGUCGAGGAUGCCAAAACAUUAGAUUAGCGAAGAAUGUAUGAAAUAUACUAAUACUAAAACAUAUUCUUCUAAUGUAUACUUCAUAACAACAACACAGCAACAUAGCCCUGGAAGAAAAGAGACAUAUUUUGUACAACUA